UUUCGGUAUAAGUAGAUAAUGUACAUCAUCGUAUGAUUUUUAAGUACCUUAGAGAGUGAGUAUAUAAGAGUAUGUCAGUUUGGAAGGUUUAUUUCUGAAUCAAAGGUCGAACUAGUAAUCAGUCUAGUGUUCAAGUGGAAAAGUUGCAACAAAAACUUUUAAAUAUUUUUAUAAAUAUGAAGACUAUUUUAUUCACGUGUUUUAUUGUUGUGGCAAAUUUGAGCUUACAAGUAUUUGCUACACCGCUCAUUAGCCCAAAAGAAAAUGGCAUUCGUUAUCCGAUAAUGCAAACAAUAACAGUAAUUGAUGAUAGGCCUCUUCGAUCAGUUGUCAGAUUACUAACACCUAUAAUUGGAAAUGUCUCAAUGAUUGGUCGUAAUUAUAAUGAUGUAAUCGAGGAAUAUAACCGCAUUAAUUUUGAUCAUCUAUCAAAAUUAACUGAAACUGAAGUUAAUUUCUUAGUGGACGUAAUUCUUGAAAAUUUAGAUAAUUACGAAAGUAAAAUUGCCGAAAAAUAUUAUUAUGUCCAUGAUUUUGUGAAAUUUAAACCAAGUCCUCCAUUAGUAUUCAACGGUUUUGAGAGAUUCAGAGAAGCCGCAUCAAUAGUUUUCAAAAAUUAUCAUUCUGUAAUUGAUCAAUUGUCGCAACCUAGUGAUCUUUUAAAUUUCGUUAGAUUAUACAAAAAUGAAAUAACUGCUGGAAUUGGUUUUUUAAUUAGAUUGACAGCCUAUAAGAGAGUUGAAGAUGCUUUAAAUGUGUACAUCCAUGAAAUAGUUAGCGAAGAAGUAAAAAAAGGCCCAGUCACAUCACCCGAAUAUUGGCGAAUUCUGGAUUAAAAAUAUAAAUAUUUUAUUCAUUAAAAAUUGCAAUGAUAAUGAUAAUUUGUUACAAUAAAUUGAACUCUGGUAAAUUUUUCUCAAAACAUUGAUAAGUAAUUUUUGACAAUAAUUACCUCAUAUAUAUGUAUAAACAUACAUUGUAUUUUUUAUAUAGUUUUUAUAAGUUCAUGGAUUUCUUAUCAUUAGUGUAAAUACUUGAAAUAAUAAUGUAAUAAAUAUAAUU